UUCAUUCAUUAUCCUGCCACGCAAUAUGUGGCCGUGGCUGCUCGCUCUCGCGCUGCCUGCGCUGGCGUGCGUGCCCAACAGCACGGCGCAAGCCGACAUCCAAGCGCUCCUGGCCGCCGGCGGGCGGGGAUACACGCUCUCCCUGUGCCCGGGGCAGGUGUACGACGUGGCCGGCCCGCUCAACUUCACCGCAGCCGAGCAGGAGAUCAGCACGGAAGGAUACCCGACGGGGGAGGCGCGCGCGGUGCUCCGCGUCGUAAGUGGCAUGUGUGCGGUGCGGGGCAACGGCGCGGGGCUGGACGGCGUGCGUCUCCGCCACGUCCAGGUCGACGGGAACCGGGUCGGCAACGCCGGUGCGCCUGGGUCUAACGAGGGCAACAUCGAGGUCGGGGGGAGCAAUCGCGGACAGGUCGUCGAGUGGGUCCGCAGCUUCAAUCCCCGCGGGUGGACGUGUCUGCAUGUCGUCGAAGGCGAGCUGGCGUGCGCCAACGCCACGAUUCAGCAUAACGACAUCGGGCCGUGCGGGCACGAUACGUGGGCUGAUUGGGCGGACGGGAUCAGCCUCUCGUGCGCGAACAGCACAGUGUACAAUAACACGAUUGUGGACGCCACCGACGGCGGCAUCGUCAUCUUCGGCGCGCCGUACUCGACCGUAAGCGCGAAUCGGGUUCGCGCGAGCACAAGAGUCAUGUUAGGAGGCAUCAAUCUCGUCGACAUGCUCCCGUGGAAGCCAGACGGCAAUUACAGUGGCACACGGGUCGUCUCCAACUUUAUCGAGGGCGGGUACGCUAGCGCAGCGGGCAACGCGUCGAGAGGCCCUAACGCCGCGCGCGCACUCAUCAAGAUUGGCAUUGGCGUGGGGCCGAAAGUGUGGUGGGCCGAGACUUACCAAAACACGUCGCGCGGCGGUGAAGUCUCAAAUAACGUUCUCUCAGGCGCAUUCUCGUUCGGCGUGGCCGUCGGCGGGGUGCAGAACUUUAGAAUUACGAACAACUCGUUUGUCGGCAAUGCCACGUUUAUUGGAAGCUACGGCGCCAACUGCACGCAGUGGGACAAGACGCCUAACCCUCCUACCGCGCUACUUCGCGAGCCUGACUCCCUCGUCAACGUUGAGAUCGCAAAACGCGAUGAUUACGGAUGGACAGACGGGCGUGUGCAAGGACUCACAUGCUUCGUCCCACCGCCAGCAAACGAGUGGGCGUGGCCGUAUGGCGGGGGCGGCUUCAACGCUGACCCCACAACCUCUGCAUCUACACCACCCACACCCACACCCUCUGAGGUGAAGGCGCAAGACAGCGCUGCCACGCGCUUCGUCCCCGCGACGUGCCUGACGCUCAUCGCUGCCGCAAUGGCUGCUCUUGUAUAGAACACUUGUCCGCAUUUAGGACGCUCUACUAUGUAUCUUACAUGCUUACAACCUAAAAAUCACU